GGUGCCGCGCCUGCGCCCUGAGCGGUCCCGGUAGCGGAGAAGGAGGCGGCGGCGGCGGCGGCGCGGGUGGACGCUUGCUGCUGGCCGGCGGAGGCGAGUCCUCGCGAUGGCGUUCACGCUGUACUCGCUGCUGCAGGCCGCGCUGCUCUUCGUCAACGCCAUCGCGGUGCUGCACGAGGAGCGCUUCCUCCGCAACAUUGGCUGGGGUACAGAUCAAGGGAUUGGAGGAUUUGGAGAAGAACCCGGAAUUAAAGCACAAUUAAUGAACCUUAUCCGAUCUGUGCGGACUGUUAUGAGAGUGCCAUUAAUUGGAGUGAACACGGUCACAAUUGUGUUGCUGUUGUUGUUUGGUUGAAGACGGCCUCUUCAGUCUGUGCAGCAUCUAGAACAAACAAACUGUCAACCAAUUUGCAUUGUGUUCAUCAGGAUUCCAUCUGACUUAGCUGUCAAAGCCACACAUUUGUCUCAAUAAAAACACCAUUUCUAUUUAUUGUA